AUGACGAUCAUUCAGCAAAAUCAAUCCCAUUCUGAUUUCAGGGAUUCCUUGAGAGGCCAAUCCGUCGUUCUGCCUAAUCUAUACUCUCUGUUUCCGGAAUGGAAGCCUCGUCUUCACCCUGAGUAUGCCAGAGCCCGCGAUGAGAGCCUUAACCCUUGGAUAGAACGAUGGGUGCCCGACCCAGUCACAAGCCGCAAGUUCCAGGCGGCGGAAUUUGGCGUCUUUGCUGCGAUUAUGUGCGCGGACGCUUCGUAUGAGAAGCUGUGCACAAUGUCCAAGUCUUUUGCCUGGUACCGAGAAAAAAGCUUGCAAUACUUCAGGCACGUUCUCUGUGGCGAAGGAGAGUUUCCUGAUCUUUCUGGCUUCUCUUUGGAGCUGCAGUACGCGUUACUGUGCUGGGACGAGGUUGCAGCCCAUAUUCGGGAGGUCUGUUCAAAAGAAACAUGUGAGGUCCUACUGGAGAAGAAACUUUACUACGUGUCCAGUGUGGAUACCGUCGAUACCAUCUGUGAAGGCGACCAGAUCCCCUCGCUGGUAGAGUACUGGGACCGCCGCGAGCGAACAGCAGGGGUGUAUCCAGUCAUUGCGACAAUUCCGUUCAUCUAUGGACAGGAUGUCUCGCACGCAGAGCUGGCCACGGAAAAUAUGAGGCUGUUGUGGAGACAUACUUCGUAUCUUGUGCAUAUGUAG